AUGAACGCUCAUGACCUUUUUAGAACCCUUACAAAAGGUAUUACGUUUAACACGAAACGUUCUCGACCAGAAGCAAAAAAAUCUCAGAUAGUGAAACCUGUCGUGAAUGAUAUAAAUGUAAAGGAAGAAAGGACAAAAGAAGAUGAAAUAUCAAAGGUCAAUGAAGAAAAUAACAAGAAAAGGAAACGUAUGGAAGACGAGAUUGAAGAUAAUGAGACGUUAACUCUGCUGGAUGGGCUAUCAGUGCCAAAAGAUGGAAGUAUUUCAACUUUUAAAAAGCAUAAAAAGGUCGCAACUACUGAUAAGAUGCUUAAACUGGAACAAGAAAAGAUAAAUCAUCUAAGAAAUCAAAACCGUAUUUCAGUCACAGGUAAUCGUGUACCUGAAUUAAUAACAGACUUUGAGGAAUUGAAAACAAAGUAUCAAAUAUCAGAAAAUUUGAUGAAUAAUAUGAAAGCUUGCGACUAUAUUUGUCCCACACCAGUACAAAUGCAAGCAAUGCCAAUUUUGUUAGAAGGUAGAAAUAUACUAGCUUGUGCUCCGACAGGAUCAGGAAAGACUGCAGCUUUCUUGCUACCUAUAAUUUGCAGUUUACAAAAGCCACAAAAUAAAGGUUUCCGUGCUGUUAUUUUAAGUCCAACAAGAGAAUUAGCCAAGCAGACAUAUAGAGAAUGCCUAAGUUUAAGUGAUGGUUAUGAUUUUAGAAUUCAUAUAAUUAACAAAACCAAUCAAGCUCUUACCAAAUAUGGACCAUCAAGUUCACAAAAAUUUGAUAUUUUAAUAACUACACCCAAGCGACUAGUCUUUCUUCUGAAUCAAGAUCCUCCAGCUAUUUCAUUAAAAAAUGUAGAAUGGUUAAUUGUGGAUGAAGCUGAUAAACUUUUUGAGGAUGGAAUACGUGGAUUUAGGCAGCAGUUGGAUGAAAUUACAAAAGCUUGUACCAAUGACAAUUUACAUUGUGGCAUGUUUAGUGCGACAAACACACCUGUGGUAACAAAAUGGUGUCGUCGUAACAUGAAAAGACUUGUGACAGUAACAGUUGGACAGAGGAAUGCAGCUACAGAUUUGGUGGAACAGGAACUUGUAUUUGUUGGCAGUGAAAAGGGCAAGUUAAUGGAAUUGAGGAACAUGAUUCGAAAAGGUGUAGCACCACCUGUUUUAAUAUUUGUACAGAGCAAAGAGCGAGCCCAAGAACUGUUCAAUGAACUUAUUUACGAUGGCGUUUACGUGGAUGUUAUUCACGCUGACAGGACAGUGACACAGCGAGAUAAUACCGUGCGUUGCUUCAGGGAAGGUAAAAUCUGGAUGUUGAUUUGUACAGAGCUGAUGGGCCGAGGUAUAGAUUUCAUAGGCGUAAAUCUCGUUGUGAAUUACGAUUUUCCAUCGUCCGCAAUUUCUUAUAUUCACAGAAUAGGUCGUACUGGCCGUGCUGGUCACAAAGGAAAGGCCAUAACAUUUUUCACCACACAAGACACGGCGAAUUUAAGGAGUAUUGCGACGGUUAUACGCGCGUCCGGUUGCCACGUACCUGAUUAUAUGCUGGCUAUGAAGAAACACAGUAAGAAAGAACGACGUAAACUCGAGCGCACAGCACCCACGCGCGAGAAAAUAUUAACCGUACCCACGUACAAGCGACGCAAACGAAAACUGCACGUCGAACAGAAAUUAGAGACGGAAGAAAAAGCGUAAAAGUGUAAACGCGAUAUUCGUGUACUUUAUCGAUCAUAUAAAUAUAAUGAUUCAUAUUUA